CUUCUUCGCUUCAGCGACCAAUAGGAUACAGGCAAGUAAUUUAAAACGCAGCCGCGGGACCUUGUAUGCGGAAGUUCCUGACCAUAACAACCGAGAGAUCGCGGAGUAAAGAAGCAACGAACAUCGUCUAGCACACCUGACCUGAGAUACAAUGGCCAACAUAAUCUUUGCAGAGCGAGAAAAUGCAUGUCUUCAACCACCUAAUCUGAAGAUGCGUCAGCGCCUUCAAUCUGCUCCAGAGAAACUUCUAUCUCCCAUGAGUGCGAAAACCUUACACACACCUCUGCAAUUGGGUCGUAAGGCUUUUGGUGCAGUCAACAAAAGAAUAUCCACCCCUGUCGUCGGGACACAAGAGAAGUUAAAGCCACAGGAAACUAAAGUUAAACCUGCCUCUCUGAACAAAGUGGAGGAAUAUCCAGAAAUUGAGAAGUUCAUCCCUUACGACCCACUUGCGUUCGAGAAGUACGGCGUACCUGAGGAUUUGAUUCCCCUUGGUGACAUGGCGCUGCCCGGACUGGCCCGUUUCCCACGAGCUCCUCUGUGCAACUACAUGGAAACGAUUGCCGCACUUCCAAAUCCAUCACCUGUUAAGAUGCCACAAAGUUCAGAUCAUUGCUCAGAGCUGGACGCCUUCUUGCAAACACUAGAUGAGCUGACUGUUGAACUUCCUCCAGAAUUCACCCACUGACUGUUUAUUUCGUAUGACAUUUUUACCCCAAUAAAGUUUUUUAUCUGUU